AUGAGUCGACGAGUCUCUGUUGUUGACCUCACUUCGGCACGGGUACAUCCCUCCUCUCAUCAUCAUCAACAAGUUCCGUCAAUACCUUCUGUCUCCCCACCUUCCUCAUCCUCCAGCUCCCCAGAACCCCACACGAUGGCUCGGGGUACCAAACGAAAACGCCGGGACGACGAAAGUCGUCCUCAUAGCUCAGCUCCAUCAAACCACCCACAAAGUCCUAUCGAGUCUAUCGACCUGACUGAAGUCGAGGGCUCUUCCGCUCUGGCAAAAGCACUUGCAAAGCAGCGUGAAGAUGCCGUCAAGGCGCAACCGACCGAGGAAGCAGACGCGGCUCGUUCUAUGCUGACUGCAUACCAAUGUCCUGUUUGCAUGGACUCACUAGAGGAUGCCACCAGCACUUCAUGUGGUCACCUCUUCUGUCAUAAGUGCAUCGUCGAAUACCUUCAAUCAAUCGACGAGCAACGUGCCGAGCAAGGAAAGCAAACCAAGGGAACAUGUCCGGUGUGUCGAAAGACUAUUACUCGGAAUGAGUCGAGUGGACCUCGCAGAAGCCUCAUUCCGUUGAAGCUCAAGGUGACCACAAAGAAGAGGCGACUGGUCAGUCCUAAUAAAGCAUGA